AUGAUAUCAGAGAGAAAACCUCACGAUGAGGACGACGCAGUGGAAACUCCCGGGCUGCCCGUGGAGGUCGUAGUUUACAUCCUGAGUUUUCUCCACGCUUCAGACAGGAAGGAAGCGUCGCUGGUCUGCCGUAGCUGGUACAGCGCCAGCCAGGACCCCCGCUUUCAGAGGAACAUCACCUUCCGCUUCCCGGCUUCGGCCUCGUCCCUGGAGCUCAUCAGGGGUCUGGGCCGAAAGCCCCGCUGCAGCCUGAUAAUCAGCCAGCUCGACGGCUUCAGCAUCUCCAGGUCGCUGCUGCUGGAGGUGGGCCUUUGCCUGGGCCCUAAGCUGGAGAGCCUGGCCCUGCCUGGAAGCAGUAUAACAGAGGCUUCCCUGCUGGCCCUGCUGCCUCGGCUUUCCUCCCUCCGCAGGUUGGACCUCAGAGGUCUGGACAGCCUCUUCAUGUCUGGAGCGUUCCUCUCCAGGGAGGAGCACAGGCAGCAGGUGCGGUCUGCACUGUGCGGUCUGGAAGAGCUGGACCUGUCUGACCUGCGCUACCUGUCUGACCUCACCUUCAACCGGCUGACCGGAUGCACGCCGCGUCUCCGUCGGCUCUCGCUGGCUGGCUGCCAUAUUGCUUUUGAGUUUGACCCGUAUCGAGGGUGCCCGGUGGGGGCCGUCGAGGACUCUUCAGCUCUGCUGUCGCUUAGGAACUUGAGGAGGUUGUUGAUGGAGCAGAAAUCCACCCUCGUAGCUCUGGACCUCAGCAGAACAUCCAUCACCCCUGAGUCGCUGCGCACCGUUGCACAGGUCGGAUGUCGGCACAAGUUUCAGCGUCUGUCGGACCUGCUGUUGCUGCCCUCCCUGCGCUCUCUGGACCUGUCCGAGUGUCUGCACAUCAACGGCACAGAGAUGGUGAAAGGCUUAAAGGGAUCCGAUGCUGCCAGACGACAGCUAGAGACGCUCAACCUCAGGAGCUGCACCUACAUCAGGGAUCCUGCAGUUUUCUUUCUCGCCCGGCUGCUCGGGGACACUCUCUGCGAGCUCGACCUGACUUCCUGCAGUAAUGUGACGGACCUGUCUGUGUGCGCCGUCGCCACCUACCUGCAGAAGCUGGUGGUGCUGCGGCUCGGCUGGUGUAAAGAAGUGACAGACUGGGGUCUGCUGGGAAUGGUGCAAAGAGCCAAAUGCGAGCCUGACGAGGAGACGGGAGACAAGGGGCCCAGGUUCACCCGCACUUUUGGCAACAUGGGCUUCUUCAAGCCUCCUCGCUUGCCUUUCGAGGAGCGACCCAAGCUGGUGACUCCGAAUGACCUGGAGCAGUUCAGACAGCAGGCUGGAGCUUCUCUUCUAGCUCUCAGCAGGCUGCAGGAACUGGACCUCUCUGCCUGCUCCAAACUGACGGACAGCAGCAUCACUCAGGUGAUGCGUUUCCCAGAUCUGCACCAUCUGUCUCUCUCCAUGCUGCCGGAGAUCACAGACGACAGCUUUGUGUCGACGGCGCGUCACUGCCGCAGCCUCACUAGUCUCGUGCUCAGCCACUGCCCAGGCAUCAGCGACCGCGGCGUGGCGCAGGCGGCGCCCUACCUCCCCAGACUGCAACAUCUCUACCUCUCCUGCUGUAACAACAUCACCGACAGAUCCCUGCUCCUCCUGGUGCAGCACUGCAAACGUCUGAGGACGCUCGACAUCUCCAGGUGCAACAACAUCUCCGUAGCAGCGGUGGACUUCCUCCAGACACAGCUGCCCUUCCUGGAGAAUCUCCACUACAAAUUCAAAGGUGGGGCUGAUCUUAGCCUAAGCCUCUGACGGGCUGAGUGAACAUCCUGAGAGGCUGCUGGGACGUGAAGAAGAAAACCUGCUGACCGUAGUCUGCUCUCAGCCUGCACAUGUCAAUAUUUUGUGCAAGAGAGGAAAAAAUACUUUAAAAGUUUACAGCAGGACCUCAUUAUGUCAUCUCUUGAGUAAAUGUCUGCUCCUUUGUGUGGAGUAGGAAUCACCAGUUUGGACUAAAUGUUAUUUUUAAAGAUUUCAAAGCACCACAGGAGGAAGAAAGUCGUCAGUAUUUCAUGUAUUUACUGUUCGGAAAACUUGAUCUUUAUAUUUAAAUUCUUUGAGGUGCUUUUAAAUGAAAUACUGCUGUCACAGACGUAGAACAUGUUGAUUAUAGAGAUUGUUGUAGACCGAUGCCAGCGACGCUUCAAUUCCUUUGUUUUAAUGCUGGCAGUCUUUGCUUGUUUGUGAUGUUGUUAAAAGCAGGAUGUAGGACGGGACACUUUGAUGCUGUGGAGUGAAAACGUUUCCCCAACUUCUUCUUUUAGAUUAAAACAAAGUAAAUCAGGGUUUUAAUCACUAAUUGCUUUUCAAAAAAGUUGAUUUUAAAUAUGAUCGAGUGUCAGAUGUUCUUGGAAAGGGAGCAUCAUGCCAAAACGAGCGAGUUUCAUUUCCACUCCAGCCCACUGUGGACGCUGUUGUACUCAUCAUGGACCAAAGUGUGCAAAGGUGUCUUUGAUAAAUAAACCAAAGUUUGUUUUUUUGCUGUAUAAAUCAAAUGUUUUUAUUCAUGUGAAUUAAAUCAAAGCACAUGAUUCAACGUGGACAGAGGUCAGUGUGUCAGUGUGGAGCAGCUGUGCUGAAAUCAACCCCCUUACAGAAAGACUGAAAAUGAAAGCUGUCAGUUCCCCGGUAGCUCCUCCAGGUGGCGCCACUGAGCGCCGUGGACAAAAAGCAUCAGUUUUAAAGUUACAAUGAAAUUUGAUCCAAAAAGCCAAAAGUCAUCCACUGCAUGUACCGUGUGAUUGUGACAGAGGGACAUGUGCCUGUUUGCAACAACGAUUAAAAAUCAUUUAAUGCAUCUCUGCUGCAGAGCUGCUGAGGUCCAUAUGAAGACGAGUGGCUGCAGGUGCAUGAAGCUGCGUCCUGUGUAACACUGAACACCUGCUGUGUGUGUUUGAUGUGCUGCAGAAUAAAUGACGUACCGUGUUGUAGUUAAUGCCCUCUUUAAAAAAGCCUUUCCACGCGAGUGUUCCUCACACACAUUUAGAGAAUUCAAAAAUAUAAAAUGAUUGUAAAACAAGUGUAAAGUACCAUUACUUGAGUGGUUAUAUUAAAAAGUAUUGAAUUACA